UGUAAACUUAAGAAGAAAUGUGAGUGUGUAUUUGAAGGGAAAGCUAAGGAAGGACAGCCAACACUUCUCAAUGAGAUUUACACAGAACUCUACAUAACUGAAGGUGGGACUGGAGCAGUCAAUGAUGAACAUGAAGUGAGACAGAUUGAAACAGCAUCCAAGAAAAGGCGAACAGAAGAUACUACAGUCAAGUGCAAUGAUAUAUUUAAACCCUUAUGUGGCCGUGAGACACCUAUCAGAACUGUACUCACUAAAGGGGUGGCAGGUAUCGGGGAAAACAGUCUCUGUGCAGAAAUUCAUUCUCGACUGGACAGAAGGAAAAGCAAACCAGGAUGUUCACUUCAUAUUUGCUCUUCCUUUCCGGGACCUGAAUUUGAUUAAGGGUGAAUACAGUCUGAUUGAACUGCUUCACCACUUUGUCCCAGAACUGAAAUCAUUUCAAUCCACUGAGCUGUUUAGGUACAAAGUCUUGUUCAUCUUUGAUGGUCUGGAUGAGUGUCGCCUUCCUCUGGAUUUUCAGAACAAUGAGAGCUGGUGUGAUGUAACAAAGAAAACGUCACUGGAUGUGCUGUUGACUAACCUCAUUAAGGAGAAUCUGCUCCCAUCCGCUCUCCUCUGGAUAACCUCCCGGCCAGCAGCAGCCAAUCAGAUACCUCCUGAGUGUGUCCACCAGGUCACAGAGAUACGAGGGUUCAGUGAUGUCCAGAAGGAGGAGUAUUUCAAGAAGAGAUUUAAUGAUCAGAGCCUGGCCAGCAGGAUUAUCACACAUGUGAAAUCAUCAAGGAGCCUCUUCAUCAUGUGUCACAUACCUGUGUUCUGCUGGAUUUCAGCCACUGUCCUUGAGAGGCUUUUUAGUGAGACUGAUAGGGGAGAAAUUCCAAGGACUCUGACUGAAAUGUACACACACUUCCUGAUCUUUCAGACAAGUUUAAAAAAUGACAAGUAUAUGAAAAACCAUGAAACUAAGCCUAAGGAAUACAGCAAGCAAUUCCUUUUAAAACUUGGUAAACUUGCUUUUGACAACCUUGAGAAAGGCAAUCUCAUAUUUUAUGAGCAAGAUCUGACAGAGAAUGCCAUUGAUGUCACUGAAACUUCAGUUUACUCUGGAGUGUGCACAGAAGUCUUUAAAGAGGAGUAUGGGUUGUACCAGGAGAAGGUGUACUGCUUUGUGCAUCUGAGCAUCCAGGAGUAUCUCGCUGCUUUAUAUGUGUUUCUGUCAAACUCAUCAGCUGACCUGCUGAACACUGCAGUGGAUCAGGCAUUAGAGAGCAAGAAUGGACACUUGGACCUCUACCUCCGCUUCCUCCUGGGCCUCUCAACAGACUCCAGUAAGACUCUGUUACAAAGGCUACUGGGGCCAACAAGAAUCAGCUCACAUACCAUUAAGGAAACAGCCCAAUACAUCAAGGAGAAAAUACAGGAGAAUUUAUCUCCAGAAAGGACCAUCAACCUGUUCCACUGUCUGACUGAACUUGGUGACAAUUCUCUAGUAGAGGAAGUACAAAGAUACCUGAAUUCAGGAAACAUUUCAGUAGAUGACCUCUCACCUGCACAGUACUCAGCUCUGGCCUUUGUGAUGCUGAUGUCAGAUGAGGAGCUGGAUGUGUUUGACCUGAAGAAAUACAGCAGAUCAGAUAAACAGCACUGCAGGCUGCUGCCUGUGGUCAAGAACUCCAGGACGGCUCUGCUGAACAGCUGUGAUCUCAUAGAUAAACACUGUGAAGUGCUGUCUUCAGCUCUAAGAUCAAACUCUUCCCCCCUGAGAGAGCUGGACCUGAGUGACAAUAACCUGAAGGAUUCAGGAGUGAAGCUGCUCUCUGCUGCACUGGGGGAAUUACACUGUAAACUGGAGAUACUGAGGUCAGUAUUACUGGGUAUUCCACACUGUAAACUAGAGAUACUGAGGUCAGUAUUACUGGAUAUUUCACACUGUAAACUGAGGAUACUGAGGCCAGUAUUAUGGGGUAUUCCACACCGCAAACUGGAGAUACUGAGGCCAGUAUUACUGGAUAUUCCACACUGUAAACUGGAGAUACUGAGGCCAGUAUUACUGGAUAUUCCACACUGUAAACUGGGGAUACUGAGGCCAGUAUUACUGGAUAUUCCACACUGUAAACUGGAGAUACUGAGGCUGUCAGGCUGUAGAGUCACAGAAGAAGGCUGUUCUUCCCUGGCUUCAGCUCUGAGGUCAAACCCCUCACACCUGAGAGAACUGGACCUGAGCUACAAUCACCCAGGAGAUUCAGGAGUGAAGCUACUCUCUGCUGUACUGGAGGAUCUCAGCUGUAAACUGGAGAAGCUGCAGGUGGGCCGGUGUGAACUCACAGAGAAAUGCUGUGAGGCACUGGCUUCAGCUCUCAGAGCAAACUCCUCACCCCUGAGAGAGCUGGACCUGAGUGACAAUGACCUGCAGGACUCAGGAGUGAUGCUGCUCUCUGCUGGACUGGGGGACUUACACUGCAACCUGGAGAUACUGAGGUCAGUCUGACUGGGUAUUCCACACUGUAAACUGGGGGUAGUGAGGUGAGUAUUACUGGGUAUUUCACACUGUACGCUGGAAAUACUAAGGUAGAAAAUAACUAAUGAUUUCAAAAUAAAGCAGGAGUAUCUAAGUCUAGGGGUUGACUUAAAAAAUAACAUUAGACUCGCUACAGUAAGUGGAAUGUCGAAAGUAAGACUGCAUUGGAGGUUAAGGAUGACAUUAAAAGUUUCUUCCAAUAUUUUAACUCCAAAAGAGCUCUAAAAGCUGAUAUCACUCAUCUGCAGGAUAGUAAGGGCCUUAAAAUUGAAAAUUAAAAUUUAUAUAGUAAAUGAGUUUAAUGAUUAUUUUACACGGGUGUAGAGGACAUGAUUAACUUACCACCAUUUAGUACAAAUACAGUGUCCUAUAUAAACAAUAUACAGUCCCUCCACAAUUAUUGCCCCCCUUGUAAAGAUUUGUACAAAGGGUUAGACAAAAAUCCACCUUUUGGCGAAGCAGCUUCAUCUCACACUGAAAAAAAAUGAGAAAAAUCCAACCUUUCAUUGGAAUAAAUUUAUUCAAAGAAAAACAAAUCCUUCAUCAAGAAAUAAUUAUUUUCAACAAAAACACACGAUUAUUGGCAGCCCUGCUUUUAAUACUCUGUACAGCCUCCCUUUGCCAGUAUCACAGCACUGAGUCUCCUAUAACAUUUUAUAAGGUUGGAGAAUACAGAGCAGGGCAUCUGAGACCAUUCCUCUUUACAGAAUCUCUCCAGAUCACCCAGGGUCCUCGGCCCUCUCUUGUGCACUCUCCUCUUCAGCUCAGCCCACAGGUUUUCAGUGGGGUUCAGGUCAGGGGACUGAGAUGGCCAUGGCAGAAGCUUGAUUCUGCGGUCAGCUGACCAUUUUAAUGUUUAUUUGGACAUGUGCUUAGGAUCACCGUCCUGCUGGAAGAUCCAAUGAAGGCCCAGUUUUUGUUUCCUGGCAGCAGCAGCCAAAUUUUGAUAUAAAAUGUCCUGGUAUUUCAUGGACCCCAUAGUGCCAUGUACCCUAACAAGGUUUCCAGGGUUUUUGGAGGAAAAUCAGCUCCACAACAUCACAGAACCUCCACCAUAUCUUACAGCUGGGAUAAGGUUCAUUUCAUUAUAACCAUCCUUCUUUUUACGCCAAACCCACCUUGAAUGUUUAUUGCCCAAAAGCUCCAUUUUUGUUUCAUCUGAUCAUUGAAUUUCAUUCCAGUCAAAGUUGUAUAAUGUUUUGCAAACUCCUGGCUCUAACAUUUUAAGUAACUGACAGAAAAAGCUUCUUUCUGUCAUAACUUUCAAAACGUCUGUUAGCAUGAAGGGGGCAUCUGAUGGUUUUUUGGAGACGUGGUAACCCCAAGAUUUUACUUUGUCUGGUAAUUGACUAACAGUCAUCCUUGGGGAUUUUUUGCCUCUCUUACGAUCCUCCUCACUGAUGUGGGGGCAAAAUAAACUUGGGUCCUCUUUCAGGCAGGUUUCUAACAGUUCCAGUUGAUGUCCACUUUUUAAUUAUUGCCCUAACAGUAGAAAUGGGCAUUUUAAGGCGAGUAGCUAUUUUUUAAUACCCAUUCCCUGACUUAUGAAGGUCAGCACACUUCUCCCUCAUUUGGUCUGUGUGUCUCUUAUCUUUCCCACGUUGUUGGAUGACUAAGGGAAUUUGGCCUCUGUGUCUCCUCAUGUUUGUACCCCAGUUACUCAGGAAGUCAUGGAUUACAGCUUGAAGGUUCCUAUUCACUCCAAUCAACUCAAACAUGUAUAAUUUACAUGGGAAACAUGCUUCAGUUACAUUGUGUUCACUAUAAUUUGCAGGGCUGCCAAUAAUCGUGGCUCAUGUGUUUUUGUUGAAAAUAAUUAUUUCUUGAUGAAGGAUUUGAUUUUUCUUCAAAUAAAUUGAUUUUAAUUAAAGGUUGGAUUUUUCUCAUCUUUUCCGUGUGAGAUGAAGCACCUUCACCAGAAGGUGGAUUUUUUCUUACCCCUUGUACAAAGGGGUGCCAAUAAUUGCAGAGGACAUGUAUGUAUAACUGAGGCUGAUGUGGUACAAAGCCUAGCUAAGCUCAAAAUAAAUAAAUCACAGGGUCCUGAUGGCAUCUUACCUAUAGUUUUAAAAUAGAUGAGGGUUAUUAUUAGCCAACCUUUAACUUUACUGUUUCCGAAAUCCUUAUUUGCACGUGUGGUACCUUAUGAUUGGAAGUAUGCUAAUAUAACACCCAUAUUCACAAAAGGGGAUAGAUGUAAUCCAGUAAACUAUAGGCCAAUUACUUUAACUUGCAUAACUGGAAAAGUUAUGGAUACAAAUAACCUGGAUACAAAUAACAUUCUGAGGGGUAGCCAACCUGGAUUUAGGAGAAGUAGAUCCUGUUUAACUAAUCUACUUGAGUUCUUUGAGGAAGCAAAAAUAGAACUUGGUCACAAAAAGUACUUACAUUUGCAGAAGACCUUUGUUGUCCCCCUCAAACAGCUCUUGCUUAAGCUCAAAGCUGCAGGGAUUUUAGGAACUGUAGCAUCUUGGAUUGAAAACUGGUUAACAGACAGGAAGCAGCAGGUAGUUAUUAGAGGCACAAUGUCACAGUGGGCCUGCGUUCAUAGUGGGGUACCGCAGGGUUCAAUUUUAGGACCACUAUUGUUCCUAUUUUACAUUAAUGAUAUUGACACCAAUACAUACAGUAAACAAGUUAAAUUUGCAGACAACACCAAGGUGGAUGAUGUAGCAAAUACUGAUCUAGCAGCGGAGAGGCUACAACGGGAUCUUGAUUUAAUUAGCGACUGGGCUGAUACCUGGCAGAUGAAAUUUAAUGUAGAUAAAUGUAAGGUAAUCCAUGCAGGGAGCAGAAAUAUAAAGUACAGAUUUUUUUAUGGGUUCCUCUGAAAUAAAGGUAGUUGAUUAUGAGAAAGACCUCGGUGUGAAUGUUGAUGCUUCCAUGUCCCACUCUCGCCAGUGUGGGGAAGCAAUUAAAAAGGCCAAUAGGAUGUUGGGUUACAUCUCUAGGUGUGUGGAGUUUAAUUUAAAUGAAGUGAUGCUAAGAUUAUACAAUUCCUUGGUAAGACCCCACCUAGAAUAUUGUUUUAAUGUGAGAGGGGGAUAUAGGGAUGUCGAAGGAACAAUCAGGUUCGCUUUGGUCCGUUCAGAAAUAUUUCUUAAAAUAUACACAAAAUUAUGAUAUAUUUCAUAAGCAUUGAUAGGUAAUCGGGGGCAGCAUGGUGGUGCAGUGGUUAGCACUGUUACCUCACACCUCUGGGACCCGGGUUCGAGUCUCCGCCUGGGUCACAUGUGUAUGGAGAUUGCAUGUUUUCCCCAUGUCGUCGUGGGGUUUCCUCCGGGUACUCCGGUUUCCUCCCACAGUCCAAAAACAUGCUGAGGCUAAUUGGACUUGCUAAAUUGCCCAUAGGAAUGCGUGUGUGAGUGCAUGGUGUGUGAGUGUGCCCUGCGAUGGGCUGGCCCCCCAUCCUGGGUUGUUCCGUGCCUCGUGCCCAUUGCUUCCAGGAUAGGCUCCGGACCCCCCGUGACCCAGUAGGAUAAGUGGUUUGGAAAAUGGAUGGAUGGAUGGAUGAUAGGUAAUCCCACUAAUUAAUAAAAUGAAAAAGUAGCCACAAGCCAUCUACACUCGGAUGUGCUAUAAUCACCCACCUUCACACACGGACUGGGGAGCCCCUUUCAGUCCUGGCAGGAGACCAACACAUAAUUCCUGAGAAGUUCCUGGCGAUGCGCGCUCUAUCCCACGGCUGAUCUCCGGUCAGUGCUGAGCUCUCCCCCUUCCUUUAUGCUAAAUCUGGAGUGGUACGCGUGCGGGGAGGGGGCGAGAUGGCCAGGGUCACCCCCUUCCUCAGGGAAUAUGCUCUUUAUUCUCCAAUUCCUGUCCAGGUGAGGCUGUUUUGCGCUUGCGGUUAUGAAGCAUUUUGGGCAAGGCUUUCCCUUUUCCUCUGGGAGAGAAAAGAUAAGCCUCCCUUUCCGCUGGGAAAGGCAAGAUAGGUGUUCUAGCUCUUUCUGUGAGAAACAAGUUAUAUAAGUGAUCAGUGAAAAAACAUGUUUGUGCAGUUCACCUGUGGCACAACAAUAAUGUGGGUGAAUCACGGUGGACGAUGUAUUUGAAUCCCGGGGUGUUUAGUCCAAACACGAUCAGAAUCAAUCCAUACCUCAAUCCCCUCAUAGGUAUGUCUGCUAGGUGGAGUUGGAGGUGCAGUAUAAUCCCAUUAUAACGAACUCGCUUAUAACGGAAUAUCAUCUGUAACAGACAAGGUCCGCUGGCCGUGCGCCUUUAAGAACCUGCAGAAAAAGCAUCGCAUAUAGCGGACUCACAUACAAUGGAAUUUCGCUUAUAACGGACAAACAGUUUGGUCCCAUUUGUCAUUUGCCGUUUGUCUGCGGCAGGAUACAUGUAUGUGAGAGUGUCUGGCAGGGUAUGUGUGUUUGAGAGUGUCUGUGACCGGGUAUGCGUGUGUGUGAGUGUCUGCGGCAGGGUACGUGUAUAUGAGAGUGUCUGUGGCAGGGUACAUGUGUGUGAGAG